AUGGAAAAAACACAUGAGAAUGAAGAGCCAACAAUUGUGGAAGAUGAAAAACAAGAGCAACUACAACAAUUUAAGGAGGCAACGGAGAAAGUUUCACCAAAAUCCAAGACUGUCCCCUUUCCAGAUGUAUUGAAAUCAAAGUAG